AGGGGGCGGGGUCCGUGCGUUCGAAUUGCUUCAAUACGGAACAGCAGCCGUGAGGGGUGGGUUUUCUGUAAAUCGAGACCGAAAACGGAUUUGCACCUCCGUGGUAUCUUUGUUUUGUUUUUGCAAAGCUGUUGUUUCACAUUUUGAUUUUUUUUCAUUUUAUGCGCAAUUUAUAUUUAAAAUCUAAACAUUUUUAUAAUGAUCCCUUCUUUUCGGCUCCAAGCUUAUCAACAAAACAUCCGAGGUCCCUUACGGGCAGCAAAAGCUUUGUUUUCGUUUUUUUGUCAGUUUGUUGAAGAGCGCAAAAUGGACGAAUAAAAGCAGAUCUUGACCCGUUAAAUGAGCCGAGGGUCGGAAGAAAGCGUCGUGUUUUGUUACGGGGAGGUAGCUGUGCCCUCAAGGCAAACUGGCCAGUUCCAGGGGUGCUAUGAAAUAUCCAGGGUCAGCAGAAUGCCAGAGGCUGGCGUUUCUACUCGAAGAAGCUCUUGCCAGAGAGAGCCGUCUCUGGAAGAUGCCUUUACACAGGAACGCCAGCAUUCAGGGCACUGAUAUCUCUCCGUCUCAACACGAUGAGGCAGUUUUGUGGCUGGGGGAGUUGUGCUCUCGUUUUAAAUUCUACCCAGAAACCUUUGCUCUGGCAGUGAGCAUUCUGAACAGACUGCUGGCAGUGGUGAAGGCACAACCAAAAUACUUACGGUGCAUUACAGUGACCUGCUUGAUUCUUGCUGCAAAAACCAAUGAGGAGGCAGAGAUGAUUUUGUCAGUCGGUGACUUUGCAGUGCAGAGCCAAUGCAAUUGCUCACCAGCUGAAAUUCUAAGAAUGGAGAGGAUCAUAUUGGACAAGCUGCACUGGGAUCUUUAUAUUGCAACACCAGUUGACUUCAUAAACAUCUUCCAUGCCAUGGUGAUGUCCAGCCGACCUCAUAUUCUAGACCUGCUCCCUCAGAAGAACCCUUCACGCCAUGCUGCAUUCUUGACCAGGCAGGUGCAGCAUUGUAUGGCCUGCCACCAGCUGUCGCAGUUCAAAGGCUCCACGCUUGCCUUGGCAAUCAUAACUUUGGAGUUGGAGAGGGUGACUCCUGACUGGUUCUCUGUAUUUACUGAUCUGCUAAAGAAAGCACAGAUUGAUAGUGUGGAAUUCAUUCGCUGCAAAGAGCUUGUUGACCAGUAUUUAAGUAGCCUUCAGUUGUCAUCUCUUCCAAAUAUGGUGUACAUUUAUGACCCAGCAAACCAUGACCUGAUGGCUCACCAUAUGAAAUUUAAACCAAAGGAACAAGAGUUUCCAAAUCCUGUAAACUACAGGCGGAAGAAGAUCAACACACAUGUCAAAGUAAUGGAGGUGGAUGAUUUUUAUGAUGGCUUUGUUUACCUCUAUAAUGAAGGAAUGACAGCACCGGAAACUGGACAAAGUGCUGAUAUUAAUGCUUGUGAAAAAGGGCUGGAACUUGGAAGUAUCUCUCCUUGUCCACCUCUGCAAACACCGGAGAUUUAAUUGCAACAUGAAAGUGAGGCACCGGCUACAUUCUAGACAGAAGUGGUAGCAUUCCUAUUGGCAGUGGUCCCUUUUUAAUAUUGGGGAGCCUUUCAUUUUUUUUUUCCUGUUUCUUUGCAUUUCCCAACAACUUUAUAUGAGCAUUCCUUUCAUUAAUCCUUAAUGUUGAAAUACCUAUAUUUUUUUAGUGUUUCACUAUAAAAAGCUUAGUGUCCAUAACUGUUAAAAGGCUUAGUGCCAAAAAUAUAUUCUGCAUUGAGUUUUUAAUAUUUAUUUUGUGCAAUUUGACACCUUUGAUGUUCUAAGCCCCAAGCAUGGUUCUGUGAUGGUGCAGUUUAUUUGUUUUUUUUUUUAACUUAAGAUUAUUUUAUGAAAUUAAUGUUGUUUAAUCAUUUUCCUUCCCUUAUACGGUUAAUGUUGAAAUGUCCAAAUAUGACAAAUGUAACAAUUAGUUUUCAAAACGAUAGAUUUUAUGUAGAGGCCUUACCUUCAUAAAUGGCACUUUGCUUUAUCCUGUCAAUGCUUGUGCAUUUCCUGUCAUGCUGCAAAUAAUAUUGUGGUGCUAAAUGUACCUGAAAGUAACUUUAAAUAAGCUACGUGAAACUGGGAAGAAUGACUGACUGUACUGGGGGAAUAUCAGUUUGUGCGAAUGGCAAUAUUAUUUCAAAGGCAGCUAAAAGCCUUCUGUAGAUGGUAGUCUUAUUUUUGUAUAUUUUAUUAGGCUGGGUUCAUUUUGUUUCUUGAAUAGUACAUGUGAGUUUUGUGUAUGUACAGCUACAGUAUAUACUAACAAUGUUCACUGUAUUUUUAUUUUUUGUAUUACUACCAUAACUGUUUUGUUAAAUCAUUUUGAUUUUUUUUUUCUGGAAUUGAUAAAGAGCACCUUCAUUUUGUUUUUGUUUUUUUACUUUAUUAUACUGUGAAACUUGCUUACCAGUUUUAUACUAUUUUGUAAAUAAAAAUGUUCUUGAAUUUUA